CCUGGUCCCUCCUGCGCGCCCGAGUGAUGGAGGGGAAGAGAUUCGCUUAGACACACACACGCGCACACAGCUGGGCACGUCUCCGGGAGGCAGCUGCCGGCUCCAGCGCGCUGGGGGCCGGGCGGCGGCCGUGACAGCGCAAGCCGCGGGGAGUCGGGCUCCCGCACAGCUUGGCACUAGAGGUUGGAGGACGCGAGAAGAGAAGAUCCCAACCACACUGACUGUUGCUCUUUUGGGCGCAUCCAGAAGGAACAAACAGCUCGAGGUUGUCACCGAAAACGCCCGAGGCUCUCACCCUUCGCUCGAGGGGUCCGGGGCUGCGCCGGUGCCCUCCGGGGAGAGGAGGAUGCGCACCUCCUCCCGCAGAACGUCUGCGGUCCCCGACACUGCGCGGACUCGGGCUCAGGCGGCAACCCGUGCAGUGCCCGCGCCGCGGGAGCGCGCCCUGCCGCACCUGGCUCCAGUCUCCCGGGGAAGUGCAGGAAACGCGCCCUAAACUCCACUACUUCUCGCCCGCCUCCUCCCCCUCCCGGCUCCCCGCCCCGGACCUUACGGCCGCCGCCGCCGCCUGUGUGUAGGAGCCCGCCCGCCUCUUACACGCGCGCACACACAGCUCUGCUUGCCUGCUCCCAUUCACGCCGACUCGCUUUCAGCUGAGCCCAAGCCAGAGCAUCCGAAACUCCUGGACCAAUUGCCUCCCGCUGGGACCGCAGAAACGGCCCCGUGGCCCGGCGUGACCGGCCGCCGGCCACCGCGCCCUGGGCUCCCGCCCGCGCCACCGCCGCCGCCGCCGCCGGGGACGAUGAGAUAAUCAGCUUAAGCAUUGGUGGCUGCUCUUCUCAACGGAAUUUCUAGUGUCCACCUCAGGAGUCUCUUUGGUCAAUCUUAACGCCCUUGGAAAGUGGAGAAUCCACUACAUUUAUUCUUCUUGAAAGUUUCCAUCGAAUGUUCAAAACUUUCUGGAUGAGCAUAAGGAUUUGAAGGUGCUAAUAUACAAGAAGCAAUCCAAAAGGACAGCCAGGAAGUGAGGAGAGGCCAUGGAAUAUCCACCAACCAGAUAAUCGCUGCUGGAAUAACGAGAAGUGUCUGAAUGUAGGCUGCAGCAGUCCUGAAGAUUGAUGGAGGGCCAUGCUAUUCAAACAGCAGGCGUGGCUGAGACAGAAGCUCCUGGUGCUGGGAAGCCUUGCUGUUGGGAGUCUCCUGUAUCUAGUUGCCAGAGUUGGGAGCUUGGAUAGGCUACAACCUAUUUGCCCCAUUGAAGGCCGAUUUGGUGGAGCCCGCAACCAAGCUGAAUUCCCACUCCGCGCCCUGCAGUUUAAGCGUGGCCUGCUGCAUGAGUUCCGGAAGGGCAACGCUUCCAAGGAGCAGGUUCGCCUCCAUGACCUGGUCCAACAGCUCCCCAAGGCCAUUAUCAUAGGGGUGAGGAAAGGGGGCACAAGGGCCCUGCUAGAGAUGCUGAACCUCCAUCCAGCAGUGGUCAAAGCCUCUCAAGAAAUCCACUUUUUUGACAAUGAUGAGAACUAUGCCAAGGGCAUUGAGUGGUAUAGGAAAAAGAUGCCUUUUUCCUACCCUCAGCAAAUCACAAUUGAAAAGAGCCCAGCAUACUUUAUCACUGAGGAGGUUCCGGAAAGGAUUUACAAAAUGAACUCAUCCAUCAAGUUGUUGAUUAUUGUCAGGGAGCCAACCACAAGAGCUAUUUCUGAUUACACUCAGGUGCUAGAAGGGAAGGAGAGGAAGAACAAAACAUAUUACAAGUUUGAGAAGCUGGCCAUAGACCCUAAUACUUGUGAAGUGAACACAAAAUACAAGGCAGUAAGAACAAGCAUCUACACCAAACAUCUGGAAAGGUGGUUGAAAUACUUUCCAAUUGAGCAAUUUCAUAUUGUGGAUGGAGACCGCCUCAUCACUGAACCUCUGCCAGAACUUCAGCUCGUGGAGAAAUUCCUAAAUCUUCCUCCAAGGAUAAGUCAAUACAAUUUGUAUUUCAAUGCUACCAGAGGGUUUUACUGCUUGCGAUUUAACAUUAUUAAUAAGUGCCUGGCGGGCAGCAAGGGGCGCAUUCAUCCAGAGGUGGACCCCUCUGUCAUUACCAAAUUGCGCAAAUUCUUUCACCCUUUUAAUCAAAAAUUUUACCAGAUCACUGGGAGGACUUUGAACUGGCCCUAAAUAAUACCAUACAACACUGUGUGUUGUGCCUGGGGACACACAAUGUCUCUCUAGAUUAAAAUAUGCACUUUUCUUAGACACAGCUAUCCACGUCAUUUUUCCAUGUAAACUUGUACAUAAUGCAGUGUGUGACCAAAUAUGAUAUCAGUUUUUUUUCUACUGAAAAUUUACAAAAAAAAAAAAUAAUAAUAAACAAAUAAAUUGCAGUCUGCAAAGUUGAAUCUUUUAAGCUAUUUACAAAAAAGAAGAGGUGAUGGUAGGGGAAAAAAGUGACUUCAGCUAUUCUCAAAGAGUUAAGUCUUUCUUUGAUUCAGAAUUUGUCACCCGCCAUUUUCAUAGAUGAAGCCAAAAGAUGAAUGUGUGAAAAUGUACCAAUGGCUGUGAAACUUCAGGAAGUAGAGGAUUCAGUUAUGAAUUUUUUUGUCCUAAGGAAAAGUUGGCUCUUUAUUCAGAUACUGAAUUGGUGCCAUGAAACAAAAAAAAAAAAAAGCUAUUUUCUUAUCAUUUAAAAUAAUGUCUUAUCUCAUAAAAUUGACAUUGUUCCAAAGUUCUUGUGGUGAUUUUGCACUAUUGUUUUCUCCUAUUAUGGGCCAUGGUGUCACUUGUAGCAUGUCAAUCACACAUUGGAAAGUCAAGUCCUUUUACUUCCAUGUUGUAUGUCAAGAAAGAGAAAUGUUAUGUAUAUAGUGUAUAAUGUUGUAAAUACUGAUUUCACACUAAGUAAUUCUAUUUUGUAAACUGGAAUAUGGCUAUUUAAUUUAUUGUGAAAAUUAAAUUUAUUGUGGUAUUUAAAAAUGGAAUGGAUUAAAAUUACUCUAUGUGCAAAUUUUUUAAAAUUCAUUUUGUUUUAUGUGCCCCUGCUGGCUUCCAGAAUGGAAGCUGUUUAUGUGUGUCUGAGGGCACUUGGAAAGGAUGCUUCUCCAUUGGAUUUCUAUACCCUUGUGAAAAUGUAUUUACUAACACAAUGAGGUUGAGUAUAUAUUUUUUAAAAUCUCAACAGUCUGAAAAUCAAGUAAUAAUAGCCACUUCAAAGAACCCUAAUACUGCUGUGCUACAACUUUGUAACAGUUAAUCUACUUGCAGUUGCUGCUGUGCCAGAGAGAGAGGAGGAAUAUGUUAACAGAUUUGAGGCACAGAAGAACCACAAUUUUACCUGAGCCUCAAAUCAAAGUCAAAACAGUAGAUAAAUUAAAUAAAAUAAGAUUAGAAAACUUGUGCGGCCUCUGUACUGAAAAGCUGCUGGUGCUUCAAAAUGAAUACGAGUUCUCAGAAUUCUCUUUGAGAUGAAAAUAGAUUAGUCUGCUCAGAAAUGAUCAAAUGGCCUAGUGUCGCUAUGACAAACAUAAACAUAUGGCUCCUAUUUCCACCCAGAGAAAUUAAUGCUAAAUUAGGUGUCUCCCUAACAUCAGAUGCACUAUAUCAUGCUUAGAUAUAAUUCGGAGAAAUGUGGAGAGAGGUGUAACAGUCACAACAAAGGGAUCGGUUUCUCACAAUCAUCGUUACUUAUCCUGUGGAAGACAUCUGGGAGAGCUUUGUUCAAAAUCACUGACAGUGCCUAGAGAAAUCAGCAAUUACAAUGGAUCCCCCUUUAUUGUAAGAAAUGUUGAUUUUUCUCUAUAAGUUGUUUAUCCUGUCCAGUGAU